UCAAUUGCACUGGCGUGCGGCACGUCCUCUCGGGCACGUCCUCUCACGCGAAGACAGAGCACUCGCAGACAGAGGUUUGGGGAAGUUGACGGGCAGCGGUCGGAGGGCGUCAGGCUCGAUGGCGGGGAGGGGGCCCCUCAUCACCUGACACACACGACACACCUCGGGGGAUGUUCGCGGACGUGCAGAUGCGUGUGUUUUUCGCGGCACCUGAUACACUUCAACGACGUCAGCCGUGAAGUAACGGCUGUCCGCCAGAAGGUUGUGAACCGCAUUCCACUUCCUGCCGGUGAAUCCUGGUGGUGUGAUGCCUUUGUCGAUCCACUGACAGCAGCUGAGGAUGGAGGGGGACGGAGUGGCCGACUUUGAAUGCCCCAGCCACAGGUUGCCGCGUGCCAUCGUGAUCUUGCCGGAUCCGAGGCCGGGGUUCGCCGUCGCUACAGCUCCGUCCCUCCCGGCCACUUGCACCCGCUGUCUGUCCUGCGGUGGGUGGAUCUGUGUGGGCUGAGGAAAGCUGCCGCUGAGCGAAAAGAGGAAGAGGUCGCCUGUGGUCAUCUGAAUGGAUGUUGGAUUGUUCGGUUGGUUGAGGGGCCCGUCGAAGAAGACGCCAAACUUGUUGCUGUUGUUCUUGACGGCGAACAGCAGACGGCGGGCCGACCCCACCUUGCCCAUGAAGUCAGCGAAUGUGUCGCCGUCACGUGUCGACCUGACAGACAACAGAGGCAAUUCUCCUCACGUAUCCACUGCUUGAUUCACACACCUUUUGUCUCACCUGUAGAGCAGCUGGAGGGAGGGUCGCCUUAGCCACUGCCGCAGAUGGGGUACGUGCGGCCCCUCGAUGAUUGAGGCCGCGUCAGAAAUGCCAAAGCUGACCUUGUCGACCUGUAAACACCAAGAAUAAUGCCAUCGGUCGCGUUUUCCUCUGUCUUUCCCCUCCUCUCACGUGUCGGUAGAUGUAUCUGAGGUUGUUGGGAUCGUUGAAGUUGCACUGAUGGCCCUCACUCAGCACUAGCUGAAUCGUCGUCAAAACGCCCCUCGCGUGGAUCUUCUUCUCUGUAACUGUCAU